AUGAGUAAGUUCUUCACUACCGGUACGGAUUCGGAAUCCGAAAGCUCUUCAGAAGAAGAGCAAAUUCAACGAGCACCUGCCGCUAAUUUUACAUUCAGUGAUGAAGAAGAAGAAACGAAGCGAGUGGUUCGUUCCACGAAAGAAAAAAGAUAUGAAGAUCUUAAAAAUAGCAUCAAACUCAUUCGAAACUAUAAAAAAAAUAAAGAUAUGAGUAGUUUUGAAGAACUUCAGAAAUUUUACACUAGAGCUUUGCCAGUAGUGGCAAAAGAGGAAGGUGGUUUAACUCCAAGGUUCUUCUUAAGAUGCUUAGUGGAAAUGGAGGAUUUUAUCAAUGAACUUUGGGAAGAUCGUGAAGGUCGAAAAAAUAUGUCAAAGCAUAAUUCAAAAGCUUUGGGUUCAUUACGUCAAAAGCUUCAUGACGAUCAGAGUGAGAGUGACUCUGAUUGGGGUUCGGAUUCAAGUAGUGAUUCCGAUAGUUCCGAUGACGAUGGUCAAUAUCAGAACUUCCGUGAAAGAUUCAUUAAAAAAGCUACGGAUAAAGACGACGACGAAGAUAAAGCGAAGAAAAAAGAACAACGAAAAGAACGCAAAGAUAAAGAACGUAAGAAGAAGCGUGAUGAAGAUGAUGAUGAAGGUGAAUGGGAAACUGUUAAAGGUGGUGUUGUUGUUCCUUCUGAAAAGCCAAAAAUGUUCGCCAAGGAUGCUGAAAUUAAUGUUCCAGCUGUCCUGAAAAAACUUACAGAAGUUAUUGCUGCCCGUGGAAAGAAGCGUACUGAUAGACGGGAACAAAUUGAAUUAUUGCAUGAAUUAUUAUCGAUUGCUGAGUCGCACAAUCUUGGCCCCGCUGUGAUUGUGAAAAUUAAAUUUUCUAUUGUAUCUUCAAUUUUUGACUAUAAUCCGAAAGUAUCGGAUGCUAUGAAACCAGAGUAUUGGUCCAAAUUAUUAGGACGUAUAGCUGAAAUGCUUGACAUGUUGCGUGCUAAUCCGGACAUGCAAAUAGCUGAGCAUAUUAAUGAAGAUGCGGAAGAGUUUCAAAACCCUCCUUUUAAACUCCACGGAUGUGUACUCACACUUGUUGAACGUUUAGAUGAAGAAUUCACUAAACUUUUAAAGGAAUGUGAUCCUCAUAGUAAUGAGUAUGUCGAAAGAUUGAAGGAUGAAAAGCAAGUAGCAAAUAUAAUUGACAAAGUUCAAGAAUAUUUAGAGCGCCAUGGUAGUGUGUCGGAACGUUGUCGUAUUUACUUACGCAAGAUUGAGCAUCUUUACUAUAAAUUUGAUCCAAAUGUAUUAAAGCAAAAAGAAGGUGAGAUCCCAGCUGAUGUAGUAACAUCUGUCCAAGUUAUGGAGAAACUCUGCAAAUAUGUUUACGCUCAUGAUGGUACUGAUCGUCUUCGUACUCGAGCUAUUCUGUCGCACAUCUAUCAUCACGCACUUCACGAUAAUUGGUUCCAAGCGCGUGAUCUCAUUUUGAUGUCUCAUCUCCAAGAGACUAUUCAACACUCUGAUCCAGCUACACAAAUACUGUACAAUCGAACAAUUGCCCAUCUUGGUUUGUGUGCAUUCCGACAUGCUAACAUUAAAGAUGCUCAUAAUUGUCUUGUAGAUUUGAUGAUGACUGGUAAGGUCAAAGAAUUGUUGGCACAAGGUCUUUUACCACAAAGACAGCAUGAACGCAGCAAGGAACAGGAAAAAAUUGAGAAACAACGUCAAAUGCCUUUCCAUAUGCACAUCAAUUUAGAAUUACUUGAAUGUGUAUACCUAGUAUCUGCAAUGCUCAUAGAAAUACCUUACAUGGCUGCUCAUGAAUUUGACGCCAGACGACGUAUGAUUUCCAAAACUUUCUAUCAACAACUACGGUCCAGUGAACGUCAAUCGCUUGUCGGACCACCAGAAUCAAUGAGAGAGCAUGUUGUGGCUGCUGCUAAAGCAAUGCGUAACGGCAAUUGGUCAGCUUGUAAUAAUUUUAUUAUUAAUGAAAAAAUGAAUGCUAAGGUUUGGGAUUUGUUUUAUCAAGCUGAUAAAGCUCGUGCAAUGCUUACUCGAUUGAUCAAAGAAGAGGCUUUAAGAACUUAUCUCUUUACAUACUCUCAUGUUUAUGAUUCAAUUUCUAUGCCAACAUUAGCUGAUAUGUUUCAACUCGAACGACCUGUUGUACAUUCCACUAUCAGUAAAAUGAUCAUCAAUGAAGAACUUAUGGCAUCUUUGGAUGAUCCAUCUGAAACGGUCGUCAUGCACAGAAGUGAACCCAGCCGUCUGCAAUCAUUGGCUCUUCAACUAACUGAUAAAGUGAAUAACUUUGUUGAUUCUAAUGAAAGAAUCUUUGAGAUGAAACAAGGUAACUUCUUCUCACGAGGAAAUCAAGGCAACUUCCGUGAUCGCCAGAAUUAUAAUCGUCAGGGUGCGGAUUGGAAUCGUCAAAGACGAGACCGCGAUCGUAAUCGUGAGGAAAACCUAAGUUCUUCACUACCGGUACGGAUUCGGAAUCCGAUAGCUCUUCAGAAGAAGAGCAAAUUCAACGAGCACCUGCCGCUAAUUUUACACGAUGAAGAAGAAGAAACAAAGCGAGUGGUUCGUUCCACGAAAGAAAAAAGAUAUGAAGAUCUUAAAAAUAGCAUCAAACUCAUUCGAAACUAUAAAAAAAAUAAAGAUAUGAGUAGUUUUGAAGAACUUCAGAAAUUUUACACUAGAGCUUUGCCAGUAGUGGCAAAAGAGGAAAGUGGUUUAACACCAAGGUUCUUCUUAAGAUGCUUAGUGGAAAUGGAGGAUUUUAUCAAUGAACUUUGGGAAGAUCGUGAAGGUCGAAAAAAUAUGUCAAAGCAUAAUUCAAAAGCUUUGGGUUCAUUACGUCAAAAGCUUCAUGACGAUCAGAGUGAGAGUGACUCUGAUUGGGGUUCGGAUUCAAGUAGUGAUUCCGAUAGUUCCGAUGACGAUGGUCAAUAUCAGAACUUCCGUGAAAGAUUCAUUAAAAAAGCUACGGAUAAAGACGACGACGAAGAUAAAGCGAAGAAAAAAGAACAACGAAAAGAACGCAAAGAUAAAGAACGUAAGAAGAAGCGUGAUGAAGAUGAUGAUGAAGGUGAAUGGGAAACUGUUAAAGGUGGUGUUGUUGUUCCUUCUGAAAAGCCAAAAAUGUUCGCCAAGGAUGCUGAAAUUAAUGUUCCAGCUGUCCUGAAAAAACUUACAGAAGUUAUUGCUGCCCGUGGAAAGAAGCGUACUGAUAGACGGGAACAAAUUGAAUUAUUGCAUGAAUUAUUAUCGAUUGCUGAGUCGCACAAUCUUGGCCCCGCGGUGAUUGUAAAAAUUAAAUUUUCUAUUGUAUCUUCAAUUUUUGACUAUAAUCCAAAAGUAUCGGAUGCUAUGAAACCAGAGUAUUGGUCCAAAUUAUUAGGACGUAUAGCUGAAAUGCUUGACAUGUUGCGUGCUAAUCCAGACAUGCAAAUAGCUGAGCAUAUUAAUGAAGAUGCGGAAGAGUUUCAAAACCCUCCUUUUAAACUCCACGGAUGUGUACUCACACUUGUUGAACGUUUAGAUGAAGAAUUCACUAAACUUUUAAAGGAAUGUGACCCUCAUAGUAAUGAGUAUGUCGAAAGAUUAAAGGAUGAAAAGCAAGUAGCAAAUAUAAUUGACAAAGUUCAAGAAUAUUUAGAGCGCCAUGGUAGUGUGUCGGAACGUUGUCGUAUUUACUUACGUAAGAUUGAGCAUCUUUACUAUAAAUUUGAUCCAAAUGUAUUAAAGCAAAAAGAAGGUGAGAUCCCAGCUGAUGUAGUAACAUCUGUCCAAGUUAUGGAGAAACUCUGCAAAUAUGUUUACGCUCAUGAUGGUACUGAUCGUCUUCGUACUCGAGCUAUUCUGUCGCACAUCUAUCAUCACGCACUUCACGAUAAUUGGUUCCAAGCGCGUGAUCUUAUUUUGAUGUCUCAUCUCCAAGAGACUAUUCAACACUCCGAUCCAGCUACACAAAUACUGUACAAUCGAACAAUUGCCCAUCUUGGUUUGUGUGCAUUCCGACAUGCUAACAUUAAAGAUGCUCAUAAUUGUCUUGUAGAUUUGAUGAUGACUGGUAAGGUCAAAGAAUUGUUGGCACAAGGUCUUUUACCACAAAGACAGCAUGAACGCAGCAAGGAACAGGAAAAAAUUGAGAAACAACGUCAAAUGCCUUUUCAUAUGCACAUCAAUUUAGAAUUACUUGAAUGUGUAUACCUAGUAUCUGCAAUGCUCAUAGAAAUACCUUACAUGGCUGCUCAUGAAUUUGACGCCAGACGACGUAUGAUUUCCAAAACUUUCUAUCAACAACUACGGUCCAGUGAACGUCAAUCGCUCGUCGGACCACCAGAAUCAAUGAGGGAGCAUGUUGUGGCUGCUGCUAAAGCAAUGCGUAACGGCAAUUGGUCAGCUUGUAAUAAUUUUAUUAUUAAUGAAAAAAUGAAUGCUAAGGUUUGGGAUUUGUUUUAUCAAGCUGAUAAAGCUCGUGCAAUGCUUACUCGAUUGAUCAAAGAAGAGGCUUUAAGAACUUAUCUCUUUACAUACUCUCAUGUUUAUGAUUCAAUUUCUAUGCCAACAUUAGCUGAUAUGUUUCAACUCGAACGACCUGUUGUACAUUCCACUAUCAGUAAAAUGAUCAUCAAUGAAGAACUUAUGGCAUCUUUGGAUGAUCCAUCUGAAACGGUCGUCAUGCACAGAAGUGAACCCAGCCGUCUGCAAUCAUUGGCUCUUCAACUUACUGAUAAAGUGAAUAACUUUGUUGAUUCUAAUGAAAGAAUCUUCGAGACGAAACAAGGUAACUUCUUCUCACGAGGGAAUCAAGGCAACUUCCGUGAUCGCCAGAAUUAUAAUCGUCAGGGUGCGGAUUGGAAUCGCCAAAGACGAGAUCGCGAUCGUAAUCGUGAAGAAAACCGUAACUAUUAA